CUGAUACUCAUGUCGUCCUAGAUCACCUUUUGCCUUAAACCAUAUCGGCACCUGCACAUACGCAAACUCUUGCGCACACAAACGCCAGAAUGACACAACAUGGAUAUGACACAAUCCGUAAGGCAUCCAGUCGAUGCCUCGAUAUCUUUGCACAUAUCAUGGACAACGAGAAUGCCCACCCCGCCACGUACGAGACAAUUCGAGGAUCCCUGGAGGAUGAGUAUGGACGAUUCAAGCUAUGGGGAUCAAAUAUUGGCGUCUUCGCCAAUGUCCAUGCGUCAUUGGACUUUCGUCUUCGAGAGAUUCCCGACAUCGCUGAAAUGUUCUUGAGACAACUCGCCACCCUCGAAGAACGGCUGGAACAAGUACUGAAUAUGAGUUUGCAUACAAUCUCUGGAGACGAGACCACAACAUAUGAGCAUGACGUACCACAGAAUUGUCCAGAAUGUGAACAAUUCUUGACGUUGCCCUUCGACAUGCGAAGACAUCUCGAAGCUGCGCAUCCAAUUGACCAAAGUUUGGGUGACGAGUCUCAAGGGAAUGAGAUCAACACAAGGAACGUUUUCGGGAGCUGGUCCCAUUCCGAAUUAUUGCAGUCAAUACAUGAGAGCCUCGACUGGCUGCAUCGACUGUCAAACAUGGUACGGAAGGCCAGCUUUGGCCGACAAAACAGACGCGCCAAUGAUUUCAUGGUACGAGACGAGACUGGCAAGAAAUCUGUCGAGCUUACCCAGUCACUUCAGGAUGGGUUGAGACACUUGUACCAACACUACAUUACUACUCACGCCGCAGGCGUUGGGGAUCGACUGGCUGAGCGUCUGGUCCAGACAAUGAUCAUGCGCCACAAACGUAUCCUUUAUCGGCGAGACAGACGCGAGUCGUGGAAUCUGGGAGAAGGGGUUUAUGCGCCUGUCACUAUGGACCGUGGGGCUCAGUACAUGGAUAACUUGGAUCUCUCCUCGGCCCCCCAGAAGACCACGACCCCCAAGAAAGUCAUGCCACUCGACUUACAACGGCCAACAAAGGAUACAGUAAUGUCCGCCUCUCAGAAUGCAUCCAAGGUCACAGCCACCACCGUAGACGUCAGUAUCAUCCGCAAAGCCGUUCCGCAAUCUCAAGUAUCUAGGGCGACUUCCAAUUCCUUGUAUGUGGCGGACUGGGUACUGCUUCCACCGCGUCCUUCAAAAGCAAAAUUAAGGAAAGAAUUCAUAUGCGACUACUGCGGUCUUCUUCUUCAAGCCAGCCAGGCAUCGAAUAUAAGGGUUUGGGGAGAUCAUGUCAGAAAGGAUCUAGAUCCUUAUGUGUGUAUCUUUGACGAAUGUGAUACACCAUAUGAGAUAUUCUCAUCCAGCAGGGAGUGGUUAGCUCAUAUGCGCUUCCAGCACCGCAUGAGAUGGCAUUGUUUUGCCACGACCCACGAACCAUCUUUCUUCGAAUCACCAGGUGCACUGGAGGACCAUAUGAGAGAGACACAUGCUGGCCAAUUCAGUGAUGAGGAAAUUUCCUUCUUGGCCGAGAAUAGCGGUCAUCCGAUCAAACCGGUCAUUGAGCAUUGCCCCUUUUGCCAAGACAUGGCCGAAAAUACCGAAGCACACGUUGCCCGGCAUCUCAUUCAAUUUGCCCUGCGAUCACUACCCUGGCCCAACAAUGGCUCUGACGAUCACGAAAUCAGCCACACUUCGCACAGUGGGCACAUCGACGGGCCCGCAUCCAGCUCAGAAGCAGAGAACAUGGAUGAAGAUGAGGACGAGAUGCCAGACAUGAGGAAGACAGAUUGGGAUGCAUGGGAGGAAAAGAUUCAGGCCGGAAUCGGCGUGUCAAACAAAGAUGAUGAUGAGAAGCAGAAUGAUUCGACUUUCAUAUGCGAACGAGACGACGAGGUCGGACUACAAGAUUUUUUGGCCCCGGACUAUAAUAUUGCUGACGACGAACUCCUCGAACCCUUCCGACGGCGAGCAAGUCUCGCAGACGUUACCAACACAUCAUCUCAACAGCCCAUUCCUAAUAGAAAGGCAACUGUGGAACAGCUUAUAUUAGAAGAGAAGGAAUUCGUCCGUGUCCUACAAGUGCUCGCGAAGAUCUAUAGGCGGACCCUAUGGGAUGCUCUCGCCCUUGAUGAAGUCCUCCUAGAACAGCUUCACAGCAAUAUGGAUCAUCUGGCUUACUUGCAUCAGGCUUUCCUAAACGACCUGAUAGCAACUGUCUCCAUUGGACAGUCCGUACCAGCAUCCCUUCGUGCCAUGCCGCAGCCCGCAUCGAUUGGGGAGGUCUUCUUGAACAACCUUAAAAGAAUCGAUCCUGUGCACCACCAGUACGCCAAGAUCCAUGUCAGUGCCGUACCGAUGUGGAAGAGUGCCCGGAAGAACUUGAAGAGCCAAGACUUGAUGAAGCAAUGCGAUCAACUUAGUCAGGACGAAAUUAGUGGUGAACAUCCGCACAAUCAGUUCGAACAGUUGGAGGAACUUGUGAAUGGAAAGCAUUGGAGAGAGCAUUACCAAACAUGGCUGAAUACACUUUCGCGACAGACACCAAACGACGAUCCGGCCAUGGCAGCCUUAAUUUUGGCUUCAGAAUAUCAUCGAGAGUCUGUGCUUCAUUUGGGGCAUAUGCUGCCCUCGGAACAAAGUGGAAGCAAGGAUGUCGUUUCCAAGACAAUACUAUACUACGACGAUACAGAUCUUCUCACGGACAUUGGUCGAGAAGACAUAGAGUUCACAAAACUCAUCGACGAGUUCAACAAUGAUCAUCUGAGACUGGAAGUACUAUCUGAAGAGCUUGAGCACUACUAUGACAGCGUCAAGGAGUUUCGGGACUGCUUCUACCGUUGCGUUGUGGAGAUUGAGCAGUUGAUGAAGAUCCGUUCAAGGCCCGCACAUGAACUGACCCAGAGCAAAUGGGUUCGGUUCUCAACCGCAUACUUCCACUCCCCUGUGGAUCUGCAGGAAAUUCAAGUGUCAAAUAUCGUGGACGCACAUCCUCCAUCGCAAAAUCCGACGCGCGGAAUUUCAGAGGUGUAA